AUGGCCGAUUAUUAUAAAUCGGAUUAUCGUGAAAUUAAAUAUGGAGAAUUUACAAAACAUUUAUUACUCCCAUCUUCUACACAACAAGCAAUUACCUAUAAAGCACUUGAAUCAUUAACUUCAUCUAGUCAAGAUUCAGAUGAUAUUAAAAAUGUCAAAGAUAUUUAUAUGAAUAAGCAAGUUAAAUCAUCUUUGAUUAAUAGAAAGGAAGUAAAUGAAAAGAAACAUCAUCAU